AUGUCAGAAGAAGGGCGGCUCUCUAUCCCCUCGACCAUGCGCGCAUGGACCUACACCCGGCGAGGUCUUCCAUCGCAGGUCGUCCAGCUCGAUCCACACUUCAAGGCCCCCUCGCUCUCUGACAUCGGACCCGACGAUGUCCUGGUGGAGAUCAACUAUGCCGCCAUGAACGGCGGCGUGGCAUGGAUCAUGCAGGUUCUGUCACCGCUGCCCUUUUCUUGGACGGCGAAGAACCGCAUCGCCGUUCCUGAACUCGAGUUCUCGGGCACGAUUCUCGCUGUCGGACGAGAGGUCCUCGCUGCGCGUGUCGAUCUCCAACCGGGCACUCUUGUGUUCGGCUCCUGCAGGCCAGCAGAGCAUUUCCGUCUCGGCCGGGGCACGCUGGCGGAGUAUGUCGUCGCUCCUGCUUCACGGGUUGUCACCAUUUCCAUCGCAGGGGAAGAAGCAGCAGCAGCAGUGUCGAAACUGUCCCUCGCGGAAGCAUCAGGCAUCGGUGCAGUGGGCGCCACAGCCAUUCAGACCCUCGACCUCAGCGGGCUCAAGACGGGCGACAAGGUGCUCGUCAACGGAGGCAGCGCCGGGACCGGGGUGAUGAUGGUCCAGAUCGCGCGACACGUCGUCGGCGAGAGCGGGCAGGUCGUGGCGACGUGCUCUGCCGCGAAUGCAGAGCUCGUCAAGAGCCUGGGGGCGGACGAGGUCAUCGACUAUCGCAAGCAUGACCCUCUACACGAGUAUCUCCGCGUCUCUCACCAUGCCGAACAGCCAUUCGACGCCAUCAUCGACUGUAUCGGCAUCCAGGAUCUCUAUACGCAUUCUCCGGAUUAUCUGGCGCGGGGGAAGCCCUAUCUCAACAUCGGAGCGUAUACGGCCACGCCAACGCUGGCAGGCUUCCUGACUUGGGCCUGGAAACAGCUCUCGAACCGGUUCUGGCCUACGUUCUUGGGCGGCGUGCCGCGUCCUUAUAUCUUCCACAGCGCGACGCCGGACGUCAAGACGCUCAACCGGGUCAAGCAGCUCGUGGCAGAGGGCAAGCUGAGGCAGGUGGUCGAUUCGAUCUGGGAGAUGGAGGACGUGCCCAAGGCUUACCAGCGCAUGGAAAGCAAAAGGGCAAGAGGAAAGGUUAUCAUCCAUAUCCAGGACUAG